AUGGAUUAUGUUACAGCUAUACCCAUGUCAACAUGGGAACCAUCAACACUUCCAACCACAACCAGUAUCAGUACAAUCGACCCCACUAAUUUAGCAGGAAUAUAUGCCACUCUUCUAAUAGCUUCCAGAAGAGUCAAGACAGAAACGAAUUCAAUAUCAUUAUAUUUCUUAUCGCGUGAUGUUAGAGGUGCAGCUGCUUCUUAUACAUUAAUCAAGAAUCAAGAAUAUUUGGCAACAGCUACAGCUACGCAAGAUUUCCCCCUUAUAACUGAAGAAAUGUUUAAUGCUACUUUGAAUCUAAAAGCAUUGGAAUGGGAUGCCAAUUUAUACAAAAUUGAUCUUUCGGUGGUUGCAAAUGUUUUAUUUGCAGCGUUGUUUGGGAUUUGUUUCAUAUGUCAUUUUGGUUUAGCUUGGAGAGCAAGAACGAAAUAUUUUGGGGCUUGUAUGAUUGUUGGAACAGGAUUAGAAUUUGCAGGAUAUUUAGCUAGAACUUUUGCUCAUUAUGCUUGGUCAGAUCCAAAUUUGUUUUUAUGUCAAAUUAUUUGUUUAACUAUGGCUCCUGCCUUCGUUAUGGCUGGGAUUUAUUAUUUAUUAGGACAAUUGCUCGUUCUGAGUGGACGACAGUAUUCAGUUUUAAAACCAAUAUGGUUCUCUUAUGUCUUCAUAUUUUGUGAUGUGGCCAGUUUGCUUAUCCAAGGUAGUGGAGGUACAACUGCAGCAGUGGAACUACAUCAUUUCGGAAACACAAAACCAGGUACUUUUGUUAUGGUGGCAGGGGUUGCAUUUCAAGUGGUUUCAAUGACAAUCUUCUUAGGAUUUCUAUUUGAUUUCAUACAUAGAGUAUAUUUCAAACCUGAUCCGGAUAUUACCUUUUCGAUAAAAAGACUAUUUCAACUAUUAUUCAAUACACCAGAAGGAAUUAAAAUGAAACGUCACUUAGAUAGAUAUUAUACCCCGGAGUUUGAAAAUAUACGGAAUAGACGGUGUUUCCAAUAUGCACCAUCAAUAAUUCUCCUUUCGGUGUUGCUCAUUUACAUCAGAUGUAUCUAUAGAGUCAUUGAAUUAUCACAAGGUUGGCGGGGUUAUUUGAUAACACAUGAAGAAUACAUUAUGGCCUUGGAUGCAUUACCAGUAUUCCUUGCCUGUGCUAUUUAUGUACCCUUCCAUCCCUUAUUUUUGUUUGGGAGAGAGACAACCCGAGCUCUAUCAUUUGGAAGUAUUAGAGUUGCAAGUGAAGUCAAAGUUGUAGAUGAUCAUGAGAGUAAAUAUUCUGAGGAUUCUACUAUGCUUAAUUUUGUCUUUGUGACAAAACUAAAACCAUUAAAACCUUCUUCGGCUGUUUCAGCAAUUACAGUUAUUGAUGAUAGCAAUCGCAGUCGGUCUCAAAGUGCAAAAAGUGUGAAUACAACCUGGAAUUCCCCUACUAAUCCAUUUAAUAUGAGAAUUUCUGAAGAUAAUGAAUUGGAGUUUUAUAACAAUAAUCAUGUCAGAAAGUGA